AUGGUUACUUCGAGGGAUAUCCAUGAGGUCGUCUCCAAGCUCUCCUCGGAUAAAGCCAAAACUCGCGAAGAUGGUGUCAAGUUAUUGAAUACGUUUCUCGAAGGAGAAAGGUCAACUACCUUCUGUAGAUUUCUUUCGCAAAACACAGCUGAGCUUAAGUUGGACGAUAUUCCUAAUGCUGAAACGUGGCCCUUUUUGGUUAAAAUUCUCCUUCAAUGUGUAUCACUAGAGGUGUCAGGUAGUAAGCGACCAAUGUCCAAGCUAACCUUUGCAAAGACCCUUCGAUUUGCAAAGACACUUCGAGUUGUUAUUCAGAGAGCAGAAGAAACUAAGUUUCCUGGUGUACUUAUUCCUUUGCUAUCUAUGGCUAAAACCCUCUUUACACAUGUACUUGAUAUCUUGAGCAAUACACCUGGCUUUCAGUCAGAGUAUGGGACCAUACUCCGCCAUCUUUUGGAAAUAAGGGAGUACCGUCUCCAAAUGAGGAAGCGCACAUAUUCCAGUUUGGUGCUGCUAUAUAUAGAAAGGGCGGAAGCAGGGUUUUGUGGAAAAAACAAUGGACAACAUAGCCAGAAGGAGGAGGCUUUUCGUGAUAUCCUUACCCUUCAGUCACUUCUAGAGAAUCCCCCUGGAGAUUUUCCUGAUGAUCUCCGAGAAGAAAUUGUGAAUGGCCUCGUUCACAUCUUCUCUUCUGUAAGAGAGGAGGGAAAGCUGUCACGAAAACUUAUCGAAUGUGUAAAUACGUUCUUGCUGAAGGAUGGUCCUAAUAUAGGCUCCUUGUCAUUGGAAAUUCAUAAUGCGGUUCAACAAUUUGUGUUCCGUUCCUGGUUAACAACCCAUGAUAAAAACCUUAAGGAGAUACUUUCUUCUUAUGGAAGGCUACAACUGAAUUUGACAAGGGGUUCUAGUGAAUCUAGUUCUCUGGUGGAACAACUUUUGGACGUGGUUACUCGUGAACUGGAUCUUGGUAGUUCAUCAAGUUCUGCAUCAUGGGGUGAUUUAACCAAGGAUGAUAAGUUUGGGACAUUGAACAGCUAUCAGAAUAGCCUGGUUGAGCUGGCUGCACAUGUGCUCUACCGGGCAGUUGUCAAUACUACUAGACCAUCACUGUCAGAGAAACGAGCUCGAAGGCAACAUAUUGCAUCGCGUCUGGUAGAGUCACUAACUGAAGGAAAAUGGCUGUGGUGUGCGGCUUUUGGUUGUCUAGUUCGGACUUACUGUACUCGCAUCAAUAAGGAUCUCCUUAUUUACUGGUUUGAAGCCAUCUGCACAAACUUUCAGAGACUUCUGGAGGAUGCCAAUAUGAGACGUUCAUAUGAUGGUCUAUUAUGGACUUUGAGGAGUUUGCAAGGGCUCUGUUCUUGUUUGUUACUUCCAGAUGCUUCCAUGGACAUAUCAAAACCAUCUGUUUCCUCACGUGAGCUAGAUCGUGGUUGGCAAUUGAUAUGGAGUUCUUUAAUCCAUGGCCUAGCAACAUUCAGCAGCAUGAGUGUAAUUGUCGAUUCUGUCCUGGUGCUCCUUGGAUCAAUUAUUUCAAGUAACCACAUAAACGUGGGGAUGCUGCCUCAAGAAGUGUGGGAUCACCAAUUAUUCAGACACAUACCCUCUGAGCCGGCCUUGUACUUCAUUGCAUGUUACUUUUCACGUAUGGGUUGCCAGGGAAACCUGCAAGAUGAUUUACAUCUUCGACGCAAUCUCCUUAGAGCAGUUUGUGACCCCCUUAGCUGGAAGGGUCGUUUGACACUGAAUGAGAGAAUGGUUCAACUUCUACCAGCAGCUGCUUUUUCCCUAUGUGUUGGUUUCACAACUUCCCUUCCAUUACCUCAAGAACAUCUCCCAGUACCAUCUGAAUGGGAUGUCUGUGAAGUGGUGAAUGAUGUGGUAAAGAUGGAUGAUAUUGAACUAGAAAGAAAAUUUGGAUUCUUUGAAUGCUCUGUGGAGGUUCUAACAAGAGUUUGCUCUAUUUCUGGCAAGAUCUCUAGUUGCCGAGUUCCUGAUGGAGUUCAAAUACCUCUGGUAUUAAGAGAUCCAUUGCUUAAUGACAUGGAAAUCUAUUUGCUUAGCAUUACCCCGGAAGACAGUGAGAAAAGACCACUGUCUGACAUCUUAAUGGGAUGUGCUCUGCUGUGUCAAUUUAUGCAUGGUUCUUAUAUCACAAGGAAGGGUAAAGGAAGCAGUUCGUUCUUCUUAAAAGCAUGCCAGUAUUUGUUAGAAAGUCUGGACUAUGCUGCUGAAGCAGUUUUAAAGAGCAUCAGUGAUUUUCAAAGGCUUGGUCGCUUGGGCAACAGAAAAGACCAAAAUCUUCUUGCCACUAGUUAUGAUGCUGUAUUUCACUCGCUAGAGAACCUUUUGCAGUCUUUUGCUAAAGCUUACGAAGAAUAUACUGAGCACCCAUGGAAUACCCAAUCUGGCACUGUACCUUUGAAAUCGUUAGCACUUGAUUCCCCAGAAGAUGGGAGGAUUGUGGAUAUGGAUUUGGAUCUACCUGAAGAUUCUAAAGAGAUUGAUCUUAUGACUGCUGGUGGAAAAGGUGUUCCCAGCGUGCCUGUUUCUACGGGGAACUGGAAGUUGGGUAUGAUAUCACUUAUCUCAUGUUUUUCUCCGGUACUUCAGUCUCCUACAUGGGAUGUUCUAUAUAGUAUCAUGGAGAAGGAAAGUGAUCCUAAGGUGUUGGAAAAUACGCUGUAUCAUCUAUGCCAGCUUUCUUGCUUGACUUCGAUGCAGAAGCUUAAUGAUUUGGUUAUAUUCUUGGAUGACAUGCUUAACACACAAGUAAAGAUCAAGCGUAACUGUCUCAAUAUAGUCACUGCUCUUCAUGUUUUACUUCAAAGUUUAUCAUCCUCGAGGAUGGAUUCUUCUGGGCUCAGAACAAACUGUGAUUUGUCUUUGAAAGAAGGAGAAAGUUGUCAGGUAUUUGUCCAACUUGGCGCAAUGGUGAAUAAAGUUUCUGAAUUUGGUCUCUUGGGCUGGUUUGGGCGUGUGAGGCUGAUCAACUGUAUAUGUGAAUUUGUUUUGCUUAAUCCUCAGAUUGGUCAGACAAUGAUUGAGCCACUUUUGUUAAUGCUAAAUGACUCUGACUAUCGGGUGAGGUUUGUCCUGGCAAGAAAAAUUGGGCUUUUAUUCCAAACAUGGGAUGGUCAUGAGGCAUUGUUCCAAGAUAUUUGCUCCAGCUUUGGUAUUAUAUUGGUAACCUCCUCAAGGGAGAAGCUAGUCACUGCGAGGGAUGUUUUGGCUGCUGGUCCGCAGCCUCGCCCAAAAAUGGAGACUGUCAUCAUUACUCUUAUGCACCUUGCUCAUCACAGUGAGAACAUAGAGCUGCAAGCAAUUUUUAUGAUGUGCGCUAUUUCAGCUAUAGAUCCUUGUCAGAGGGAAUUAAUUAUUGCUGCACUUGACAAUCUAUCAGCACGACUCCGUUACCCAUCUAGGUUCAAGUACCUGGAGGAACUCUUGGGCCCGAUCCUCUUUUUCUGGAUUGCGUGUGGUGUCAGUUUAGCUGCUCUUGUUGAGACAAGGCAGCUGUUCAUUCUAAACGCUGAGCCGAAAUAUUUCAUCCACUUUUGUUCUCACUGGCUACUUCCAGCUCUUCUGCUGCAUGAAGAUCAUGCUAAUCUUGAUUGGGUAGCUAAGAUGGCUGGCCAACCGGUGGCUGUGCUGGUCAAAGAAAAUUUUGUGCCAAUCUUUUCGAUAUGUAUGGGAUUGCACUGUAGUAAAACGUCAGAAUGUGAUAAAGGUGCAAUGGUGCUUCAGAACUCAAUAUUGUAUGUGGGUGAGAUCAGCGAGAAUGAGAGGGAUAAGCUCAUUAAACGGAAUAUGGUCUCUAUUGUGAGUUUUGUUUUAUCAAGUGCUUCCUCUUCACCAGAACCUCCAGUUCCUGCUUUCUCUCGAGACACCAUUUCACGUGCAGUGCAAACAAUUGUGGAUGGUUUUCUGGAAACCGCUGAUUAUCCUAAGAACGCCGCCGUCACUGACAGGAUAAAUGUUUUUCGCCCAGAUAGGGUGUUCAUGUUCAUCACAGAAAUACAUUAUAGAAUGUCAGCCGCAUGCCAUCAUCGGCAUACCCGUCAUCAUUUGGCAGCGCUUGAAGAGCUUACAAUUAUUCUUGGCCAUAGAGCCUCAGUUCCAAGUUCUUUAAAUUACAUAUUCAAUCUUGUUGGACAAUUUAUCGGCUUUCCCUCAUUACAAGACCAGUGUUGUAGUAUAGCUUCAUGUUUACUAGAUUCGUUCAAAAGCAAUCCGGCCAAAGAAAUUGUUAGUGUACUAGGUGACCAACUCCAGUUUUUGGUCUCAAAGCUAGUUACAUGCUGCAUCGAUGCUGAAGCAGACUCAAAAGUUUCUGGUUCUAAGUCAUCUCAACUCGUAAAUUUGCUACACAAGCUAAUUAUUGAUUCAGAAUCUUCUCUUGAUGAAGAUAUCAGAGAUUUGGAAUCAUUUCCCGAUAUGGAAAUUUUUCAAGUCAUUCGUGAAUCACACAUUAGGAUAUGUGAAACCUAUUCUCCAAGGAAUCAUUUGUUGAAGUGUGCUAAAAGAUCCUGUUAUCUUCCAUCGAGAUUCCUUUCCUGGAGUCUCCAAGCACUGCACAACAAACUCAUAGCUUCUGAAGCUUCUCAAGAAGAGACUAAUGUAGAAACUGCAGAUACGUUUUGGCAUUCUGACGAUGAAAUUGUAAAUGCUGUUUGGACUCUUGUCCGUGUGUCUGCCUCAGAUGAAGCAGAUAACAUGAGAUUGUUGGUGUCGGAUUUUCUUUCCAGGGUUGGUAUUGGGGACCCCCACACUGUUGUUUUCCAUCUUCCUGGGGAGUUGGGUUCCAUGUAUGAUUUUCAAUUUGGUAGCCAUAGUACUCGGUCAAAAGUCAGAGCUUUUCCUGAGAAUGGCUUAUCCGAUGAAACCCUUAUCAUACUGCUGAAAAUUCUGAAGAAGUAUCUUUUGGAUGACUCUGUAAAGAUUAUUAAUGUCACGUCUCAAACCCUUCGGGGGAUUCUUUCAACGGAAAGGGGCCAGCAAGCAUUAACAUCUAUCGACUCAUGUGAGAGAUCUUUGAUUGAGGUACAUGGCAGGGGCGUGAACCUUGACAUUGUGGAAACGAUCUUACUGGACAGCCAAAAGCAAUUCCAAGCUGAGAACAUUUCGUUGGAGAAGUCUGAAGUGUGGUCCACAGAUGGUAAAAACUUUGAUAAAUGGAUUUGUCAGCUUGUGUACUGUAUGAUUGGUUUGUGCGAGGACGUCCCAAUAAGGUUAUGCCAGAACAUAGCAAUGCUGAAAGCUGAAAUUUCUGAGCUUCUAUUCCCAAGUGUUAUUGUUAGUCUUGCGGGAAGGAUAGGGACAAAUAUCAAUUUACACGAAUUAAUUACGUCACAGGUGAAAGAGCAUAUCUUCAUUGAUUCGAACAAGCUGACAAAAUCGAAGCAGAUAAUGUUAAAUACUCUGAAUGAACUGCGGAUGUGUUAUGUCCUCGAAAGAUCGACUUUUUCUGGACAAACUAAGAGAGAAAAGAGUACUAAGCAUUCUAGCGCUGCCAAGAUUAGAGAUGUGGAAACAGCAUCAAAUGGAAUGGCAGCAUCCAUGACUCAAAACUGGGACAAGGUUUAUUGGCUUUCCAUUGAUUAUCUUGUUGUUUCAAGAUCAGCAGUGGUUUGUGGUGCAUAUUUGACCGCCUCCAUGUAUGUGGAGUAUUGGUGUGAGGAGAAAUUUGGCAGUCUAAGCCUCGGAGAUCCUGACUUUUCUUAUCAUGAUACGUUGCCGGAUCAUGUUGAGAUACUCGUUUCUGCAAUAACAAGAAUAAACGAGCCUGACAGCUUGUAUGGGGUUAUACAUUCAAACAAGUUGUCAGCUCAAAUAAUCACAUUUGAGCAUGAGGGAAACUGGACUAGGGCACUCGAGUAUUAUGACUUGCAAGCACGUUCACAGAAAAUGGUGGUGCCUGGUAGCCUUUCUGAAAAUCCAGAGAUGGAAAUUUUUCAGCCAACAACUAGUGCACAGCAUUCUGUUUUUGUUGAAGGGGAGGUCCAGAGGCAACCUUUCAAAGGGCUCAUUAGGUCGUUGCAGCAGACAGGCUGUAUGCAUGUUCUGGAUCUGUAUUGCCGGGGUUUGACUUCCCGAGAAGGAUGCUUUCAGGAUGAUCCAGAGUUCAUCGAAUUGCAGUAUGAGGCUGCAUGGCGUGCAGGAAAAUGGGAUUUUUCUUUGCUUUAUCCACAGACGCACUGCCCACCUUUGCAACAUAUCAAGAACAAUAAUUAUCAUGAAAAUCUGCACUGUUGUUUGAGAGCAUUGCAAGAAGGGGAUUGUGAUGGCUUUUAUGGAAAGCUGAAGAAUGCUAAGAAGGAGCUUGUAUUUUCCAUUUCCCGUUCAAGCGAAGAAAGCACUGAGUUUAUAUACUCAACAGUAGUGAAACUUCAGAUUCUUUAUCAUCUUGGACUAGUUUGGGAUCUUCGCUGGAAGACAUCUUCACAUCAGAGUGUGGAUGGCUAUCCAGUCAAACAAAUGGCAUGCGCGGACCCCGCGACUCCAACAAUGGAGCAGUUGUCUUGGCUGAACAAGGAUUGGAGCUCUAUUAUUACGCAAACUCAGUUGCACAUGAAUUUGUUGGAGCCAUUUAUUGCAUUUAGGCGAGUUCUCCUCCAAAUCUUGGGAUGUGAGGAAUGCACCAUGCAACAUCUCUUGCAGUCUUCUUCGCUACUUCGCAAGGGAUCAAGGUUUUCUCAUGCAGCUGCGUCACUGCAUGAGUUCAAAUUUCUUUGUGCAAGAAGUGAUGGACAACAACCUGUUCCAGAUUGGCUUGGAAGGCUUGAAGAGGCAAAGCUAUUACAUGCCCAAGGGCGUCAUGAAGUUGCCAUCAGUCUGUCAAGCUACAUCUUACAAAAUUAUCAAUUAAAAGAAGAGGCUUCAGAUAUAUAUCGUGUGAUUGGAAAGUGGCUAGCAGAAACCCGAUCUAGCAAUUCUAGAACAAUUUUAGAGAAGUAUCUCAAGCCUGCAGUUUCACUUGCCGAAAAACAGAGUUCCAAGAUCUGCAAAAGGUUGGUAGAAAGACAGAGCCAAACUUGGUUUCAUCUGGCUCAUUAUGCAGAUGCUCUAUUUAAGAGUUAUGAGGAAAGACUCUCCUCCAGUGAAUGGCAAGCUGCAAUGAGGCUACGAAAACACAAGACGAAAGAGUUGGAGGCGCUUGUUAAACGGUAUAAGAGUUCAAAGAAGGGGGAACAAUCUGAUAUUUCACUGAAGAUUCAGGAUCUGCAGAAGCAACUAACUAUGGACAAAGAAGAGGCAGAAAAACUGCAGGUUGACAGGGAUAACUUUCUGAAACUUGCGUUGGAGGGGUAUCAACGUUGUCUGGAAAUUGGUGACAAGUAUGAUGUCCGAGUGGUAUUUCGACUAGUAUCCAUGUGGUUCAAUCUCGCCUCCCAGAAAAAUGUUAUAGAUAACAUGUUGAGUACCAUUAAAGAGGUUCAGUCUUACAAAUUUGUACCACUUGUUUAUCAAAUUGCUUCAAGGCUGGGCAGUUCUAGAGAUGAAUCCGGAUCUAGCAGCUUUCAGUCUGCUCUGGUUUCACUUGUCAGAAAAAUGGCCAUUGAUCAUCCAUACCACACAGUCUUUCAGCUUCUGGCUUUGGCAAACGGUGACCGUAUCAAAGAUAACCAACGCAGUAGAAAUUCCUUCGUGGUGGAUAUGGAUAAAAAGCUUGCAGCAGAGCAUCUCUUGCAGGAUGUAUCACAUUAUCAUGGGCCUAUGAUCAGACAGAUGAAACAACUGGUAGAUAUCUACAUUAAGCUUGCAGAGCUUGAAACAAGGAGGGAGGAUACCAACAGAAGGGUAGCAUUACCUAGAGAAAUCCGUAGUGUGAAACAAUUGGAACUUGUACCUGUAGUGACUGCUACAAUUCCUGUUGAUCGUAGCUGCCAAUACAAUGAAGGGUCGUUCCCUUCUUUCAGAGGUUUAUCAGAUUCUGUUACAGUGAUGAACGGUAUAAAUGCUCCAAAAGUAGUUGAAUGCUUUGGUUCUGAUGGCCGAAAAUAUAAGCAACUUGCAAAAUCUGGCAAUGAUGACCUCAGACAAGAUGCUGUUAUGGAACAAUUUUUUGGGCUCGUCAAUACCUUUCUACACAAUAACAGGGACACAUGGAAGAGACGAUUAGCUGUACGCACAUACAAGGUUAUUCCUUUUACUCCAAGCGCUGGUGUUCUUGAGUGGGUCGAUGGCACAAUUCCGCUUGGAGAUUAUCUUAUAGGAAGCUCAAGGAGUGACGGUGCUCAUGGUCGUUACGGCAUUGGAAACUGGAAAUAUGGCAAAUGCCGAGAACAUAUGUCGAAUGCAAAGGACAAGCGCAAAGCCUUCGGGGAUGUCUGCACAAACUUUAGGCCUGUCAUGCAUUACUUUUUCCUAGAAAAGUUCCUGCAGCCUGCUGACUGGUUUGUGAAGAGGCUUGCUUAUACACGUAGUGUUGCAGCUAGUUCAAUGGUUGGGUACAUCGUUGGUCUUGGUGACCGUCAUGCCAUGAAUAUCUUAAUCGAUCAAGCGACAGCAGAAGUUAUUCACAUAGAUCUUGGAGUUGCCUUUGAACAAGGAUUAAUGCUCAAGACUCCUGAAAGGGUCCCGUUUAGGCUGACAAGAGACAUAAUUGAUGGAAUGGGUAUCACAGGAGUGGAAGGCGUUUUCAGGAAAUGUUGCGAAGAAACCCUGUCUGUGAUGCGAGCAAAUAAGGAGGCGCUGCUUACAAUUGUUGAAGUUUUCAUACAUGAUCCUCUGUACAAAUGGGCCUUGUCCCCCUUAAAGGCUUUGCAAAGACAGAAGGAAACCGAAGAUUAUGAUGGCAUGAACUUGGAAGGAUUACAAGAGGAAUUCGAAGGUAACAAGGAUGCUGCACGUGCCUUGAUGCGUGUCAAGCAAAAACUUGAUGGCUAUGAGGGUGGUGAGAUGAGAAGCAUACAUGGCCAGGCACAGCAACUAAUACAAGAUGCAAUUGACUCGGAUCGUUUAUCCCAUAUGUUCCCUGGAUGGGGAGCCUGGAUGUAA